AUGCCUAAUCAAACGACCGCAACAGCUUCCUUACACGCAUUGACCGAACGUCUCGCAACUCAAUCCCGAUCCCUUCAUCCAUUCACCACCGGAGGGGGUGGUUUACCAUUACCGCCCAAUUUCAACUUCCCUUCUCCUCAGGCAUUGGCUCAUGCAGCUUCGGCUUAUAGACAACCUGCACCUCCACCUUCGCUACCUUCUAUCCAAGUGGCCGGAAGACACCAGGACCCAACUACUACCUCAGACAACGAGAACUCCCCUUCACAGACGAACGGAACGAGUACAGGAGUAGGGGUAGUACGAUGUCAAGAUGGACGAGCAUGGCAGGAGAAGAACCGACAUGCCAGUGAGAGAACGGGUAGAUUCAGCGAGAAUGAGAUUGAUGGAUUUGUAAAUGAUAUGGGGAUGGUAUUGAGGAAAGAAUAUGAUUGUUGGGUUGAACAGUGUUGGCAAGAAGCAUUCCACCAACUAUUCACCCAUACCCUACCCAACCUGAUCAUUCACCUAAUUAUGACCGGUUCCAGCCCUACAUUCCUACGUCGAAAGAUAGUCUACGGCGGACAACAACUAGAUCAUCUCUUUCAAUCUCAGAUGUUACAUCUUUUAUACGAAGAGUUAGAACAGAGAUUAUCAGGUUCCAAACCUCAUACCGAACCUUCCCCUUCAUCCAACUCCAACAAACUCUCACCUCUCGGUUUGCCAACUCCUGCACCUACAACUACCGGAACAAGCUUAUACAGGGAUGGUAUAUGUUUUCACAACUUAUCAUAUCAUCAUGGUAUUCCAGAAGAAGAAGACGAUCACGGACCAUGUUUGUGUCAACUUACAACAUGUUUGAACUGCUUUCAUCAAGCUGCUUUAUCGCGUCGCGGUCCAGUAAGCUUAUUACCUUACGAAUUGAAAUCUACUAGAGUAUCAAAUGGGUGGCUGGGAGGUGUGGAAAGUGAAGAACAGGCUAAAGCUCGUCAAGAGAGUUUGCGUAGGAAAUCAUCUAAUCAACUAAACCUACCUGAAGGAAAGGGUUUCGUACAGAAUACGACUAAUUCAGCGAAAGUCAAUAGAGGACCUCAGAUAUUCCCUCAUCCUCAGAUGACGGAUGUGUUAGCGGUGGAAGAACAUCUGAGAUGGAGAUUAAAAGAGAUGGGAGCGAAAGAUCAAGCUGUCGAAAAUCGCUAUGGACCAUCUACGAAUCAUCCCACAGCUCUCGAGGGGAUAGAUUUAGGCUUACCUCAAGAUGAUAAUGUAUCUGAAGAUGGAUCAGUAUCAAGUAAAUCUUCCUCUAAACCACCUACAGCACCUAGUUCAGGAGGGAUGAUAAAAGUAGCUAAAGGAAGAGGAGGUAAAUUAAGGAAAAUGAUUGUCAAUCCAAAUGGGACUAUUCCGAAAUCGCAGAACAAAGAUGGAAUGAAUGGUACCAAGGAUGGUAAGAAGGCUGUGGUGUAUUUACCGAAAGAAUGGACAGAUGAAGAUGCAAGUCAGAGGAAUACAGCGAUUGUCUUGACUUUUAGACAUUUUGUUAAGCUACUCCACCAAAUCUCUACAGCGGCCUCACCAUUUUCAUACCCCUCUUAUGCCAAGGAUAUCGAUGAACUGCAGCGUGUCCAUCCGAUAGCACUAUAUCGACGGCUGGCAGAACCAUCCGUCCAACGUAGGGAAGAUGUAAAUGAGCUGAAAGCCUGGCAGGGGUGUAUGGACAAAUGGGCGGAGGAACUGGGUGGGAGGGAACGUAAGCGGGGCAACGAACACUCCAACAUGAAACAACAUCCUCUAGCCGUCCAAUCAUACACCCGAGCAAUAUCCCUCGACGGUAAAAAGACCGUGUACUACUCAAACCGAGCAAUUGCUCUGAACAACAUGGGAUCUCAUGAAAAGGCUGAAAUAGAUUGUAAUUACCUAUUAUCCAAAGACCCAAAGAAUCAAAAAGCAUUAUAUCAACGUGCGAUAGCUAGGAAGGGUAUGGGUAAAUUGAAAUUGGCUGAAAGUGAUUUAGAAGAAUUACUUAAACAAACUGAUCUGAAUUCAACUACUGCGCCAACGGCAGGAGUAGGGGGUGGGGGCAAUGAAAGUGCUAGGAAUUUAAGGAAUAGCUUGUAUACUCGUUAG